UAUAACCACCGGUGUGAGCACACUUAGGCAAGAAACAGCCGAACAUGUCAACAAACUGCAGUGCGUUCAGUUGCAGAAAUGACAGAAGAUACCGGAAAAGGUGCAUUGUUAUGCCCCAUGUAAUGGAGUUACAGAUGCAUGCACCCCGUCCAGAUGAGUAUCUCAAGUGGCAAGUGAAGAUUGACCGUCUUGGUUACACUGUCAAUGCCAACACAAGAAUAUGCAGUAAUCACUUUAGAUAUGGGAAACCACUAGCAGGAAGUCGCAUUCCCACCAUGUACUUGAGAUGCUAUCCAGAAUGGGCACAAAGCAAGGAUAGUGCAAUAUCAGCAGCCACUAAAUUCUCUGAUCACAUAAUCUGUGAGGCACUGGCUCACGUUGCUCAAUACCUACCAUUGACAACUGCACGCUGCCUUGCACUAAAAUAUCUAGGAACGGAUCUGACUGAUGUUGACGAUCUGUGUCAGAUUCUGCUACAGCUUGAGAAAGAAAAGGCCAGGGAAAUUCUCCCAAAGUUUGCUGAUCAUGUUUUUCCUGGCAAAGUCUUAGAGGCUGUUGCUAUAUUCCAGCAUGGUGUUAUUUUUGAUGGCGUGAAGCUUGUAAAAAGGAGGGUCACUGAGCCUAUGGACACAUCUGAAAAGAUGAUAUGCCCUCCGUACUCUAUUGUGGAUGUUCACAACUACAGCAAGAACUAUGCCUCUAAAGGGAACAAUUUGCCUUCUGAUCCACAAUGUUCACAGGAUUUAGAGGCGAAGUGUACACAUGCAAAGUCUCGAUGCAAGCGCCCAUCGUGCAGGGCAAAAGUGGAAAGGCUUGAAGAAAGAGUGAAAGAGUUGUCACAAUACGUUGAUGAUCUGAACAGUGAGAAAGCAAGUCUCCUAGAAAGAAAUCAAAGUCUGCAAUUUGAUCUUGAAAAGUUGCAACAAAAAAUAAAACAGCUUGAAAAAAGUUAGUUACACGUUAUGGCAGCAUAAAAUAUGUCAAAAAUUCAGAUAAGCUUAUUGCAUUACGUACU